AUUGAGUUGUUCAGUGAAGGAGUAGUCCACACGAUUCAGUUAACCUAUUUAGGAUUGACGUUAAGGCACACGAUCCGUGGCCAUCCCAUGACGAUAAUAUUAUUUUGCCACCAAAUCACCCUUGUUCACCUCUCUCUCAUUCCUUACAAUUUGAAAAACAUACAAUGGAAUGGCCUCGAUUCAUACACUGGCUUCGGGUGUUGCAGACGAACUACGUGCCUCUUUAGUAGUGCAUUCGCUCGAACAGUGUGCUGCGGAGCUUGUACAAAACAGCAUUGAUGCCAAUGCAUCGACGAUUGAAGUCAAGGUCGAUAUCGCUGGUCACAGCCUUCAAGUCUCGGAUAAUGGGGAUGGAAUCACUUCAGCAGAUAUGGCACGCAUCGGAACACGUUACGCUACCUCCAAGUGUUCUAGCCUUCAAGAUCUCAAAUGUGUUUCGACCUAUGGUUUUCGUGGAGAAGCUGUUGCUGCCAUAGCUGAAAUGUCACUUUUGGACAUCGUCUCCCGGCCAAGGGAGCAAAAUCAAGUGUUUUCAACAAUAUUCAAGGGAGGAGAAAAGUUGUUUUGUGGACCAUCCAGCAAAUCCCCACGGUAUAUUCAUGGGACAACGAUUUCUGUGAGGGAUCUUUUCUACAAGUUCCCUGUCAGACAGAGAUACUGGUCAGAAGCCUCGAUCUCCAAACUGGAUUUAGAGCUAGAAAAAGUCAAGCGCUCAAUCGAAGCACUAGCCUUAGCCAACCCAAAGAUAUCGUUUAUAGUUGUGGACAUGAUGCGGGGCAACAAGAUUUUAAACUGUCGAAAGGCUGAUUCAAGGCUCCACAGGAUCACGGCUGUAUUUGGUCAGGCUUUAUCCUCAUCACUCACAUUUGUGCGAUCCAAUGCCGAAGACCAAACUUAUAGCUUCACUGGAUAUAUCUCGACUGUGGGACAUUAUAAUAGACUGUUUCAGUUUUUUUUUCUGAACAAUCGACCUAUUCAAUGCGAGAGCCUGCAAAAGACAGUCACACAGCUCUUUCAGCAAUCAUCGUUCUCAAAAGACAGUCUCCAACAUCACGAUGCGGAUGUGAGACGUUCCAGGGAGCGAUAUCCUGUAUAUGUACUCUCAUUGGUUUGUCCUACAAGUGAAUACGACAUUUGUGUGGAUCCUGCGAAAAGCAUGGUAGAAUUUGAGGAUGAAGAAAGAGUGCUUUACUUAGUUAGAGACACCAUCAUAAGCUUUUUGGAGCGACAGCAUCUCUUAUCUAGAUCGACAGCAGCGACGCUUCGAAGCCAAACAACUACAAGAAAACGGAAAUCGCGCGCAAAGGGUUUAGUAGGGGAAACUUUAGCCCCAAUAGAGCAUUUCUCUCAUGCCAAAUCGUCACGUCCAGUCCGGACUACCAGGACUUACCAAAGGGCUGCUUUAGAAGGCCUUGAAGGGGUUAGCGACACUGCCAGGAGCCAGGAGAUUGAUGUAGAGGAUGAAAUUGAAUUCGAACUAGAUUCCGAACGGAUAGCUGACAUGCUCAAUGAUGACUUUGAGAUGAGCGAAAUGGAAUAUAGUAGACGAAGCGGCAGCAGCAUAAUGUUGCCUGAGCCUAUGAGCAAAAGACCCUGUUCUACUAGGAUCUCACUCCCUCAUGUAACAGGUCCACAGUCGAGAUCAAACAACACAAGGACUUCUGGGAUAUGGGCGCAGGAUGCACUUCGCAAAUGGGCUAAUCCGGUGUUUUCCACGCCUCCUAGUCAUAUCCCAUCAUUACAAACGCUAAAACUCAAUGUCGGUCAAGGAGAUACUAAAAAGAGCAUGAGUAGGUAUUUUAGCACUCACACGGAUCAAUCGAGCCGUCCUGAGAUCAAAAGCCUUCAGCUCUCCAAGAGCUGUUUACAACAAGCGCAGGUUGUUGCUCAGUUGGAUCGAAAAUUUAUUUUGUGUACAAUGGAUGUCCCUGAUCCGGCCACAAAACCAGAAUUUGAUAAAAAUAAUAGGGCGAAGAGCCUGGUAGUGGUUGACCAGCAUGCAGCAGAUGAACGUGUGCGUGUGGAGCGACUGAUGAAGGAGAUGUGUGUCUGCUCGAGUCUGACGUUCACCCCAAGCCUUGAAUAUCCGAUCAAUAAGCAGACUGAUUCCGAGGCUUCAAUUCAUCGCCUAGAUAGCAUGCCCUUGAUCCCACCUCUUCCAAUUACACUGAGUAGAAGAGAGUGGAGGUUGGCAGACAGGUACAAGGAUUGGCUCUACCGUUGGGGAAUAGCUCUUGGCAAAAGCGCUUCACUUCCAAGUAUGACCAAUUCCCAGAGCCCUAUGCUGAACAUGGGAAGACAAGAGCCCGGCAUGGAGCAAGGUCAGGGUGAAGCCGCCCUGAUUUCCCAUCAUUUCCAGGAUACUCAAGAAGGACUCAAUGGCGACCCUGGAAACAAUGAUGAGGCUUUGGCACAAUGGCAACAGAGGCAUCAGCAUCAACAAGCCGAGAUGAGUAGGGAUACGAUCGAUCCCUAUCAUGUUGCGAAAUAUGACCAUAACCCCGGCUAUGUGACGGUAUUGCCUCGGGUCGUUGCAGAUCGAUGCGUUGUGGAUACAACUUUAACGCAAGAUCUUAUCAAGGACUGCAUUGGCUGGGCAGAAGAGCAUCAAUAUAGUAUCGCACAAGGUCGUUUGCAAGCUGACUCUGUGUCUGAUGAUACAACCGCUUGGCUGCAAUGCAUCAGAAGAUGUCCUCGAGGGAUCUUAGAUAUUGUUAACUCAAAGGCUUGCAGAAGCGCAAUUAUGUUUAACGACGAGCUCACAAUUAUUCAAUGUCAACAAGUUAUCAAAAACCUUUCCCAGUGUGUCUUUCCAUUUCAAUGUGCACAUGGCCGACCAAGUAUCGCCCCUUUAACUGUUUUAGGGCCUACUUUGUCGCGCCGUGAACAGGCUCGCCAGCAGAAGCAACAAAAUCUGCUACUGCUACAACAGCAAAAUCAAGGAUCACUAAGAGAGAGAUGUCGAAGUGUCGAUGAGAGCGAUCAAAACGGAAGAGUACCAUCAUCGAGACGACGAUCGCUAUUUUUAGGAAAUAAUAAGCAAUACAACAGCCGAGCCACAUUGGAUCCAAAAUGGUUAUCAUGGAAAAAAGACAUAUUAUAA